AUGAAUCCCAAAGAAUUACAAAGCUGUUUUUAUGAUUCUAGAGAGAUGAGAACUCACUACAGAGAUGUUACACUCCACGAGUCAAAAGUGGACAAUCAGAAGUGGACAACUCUGGAGCACAACGGAGUAAUUUUCCCUUCACCUUAUAAGCCACAUGGAGUUAAAAUGCUUUAUGAUGGGAAGCCAAUUGAUCUUUCUCCUGAUGAAGAGGAGGUUGCCACUUUAUUUGCAAAGAUGAAAAGUACAGCUUAUGCUACAAAAACAAUUUUUAUAGAAAACUUUUGGAGUGAUUGGAAGCAAGUUUUGGGGAAGAAACAUGUCAUCCAAAAGUUUGAACUUUGUGACUUUACCCCAAUUUGUCAAUGGCAUCUCAAAGAAGAAGAAAAGAAGAAACAAAUGAGCACAAAGGAAAAGAAGCAAUUGAAAGAAGAAAAGCUAAAAGAAGAGGAAAAAUACAUGUGGGCUAUUGUGGAUGGAGUGAAACAGAAGGUUGGCAAUUUCAGAGUUGAACCCCCUAGGUUUUUCUAUGGUCAAGGAGAGCAUCCAAAGAUGGGUAAAUUGAAGAAGUAUAUUAACCCAGAGGAUAUUACUGUUAACAUUGGGAAGGAUGCCCCCAUUCUAGAAUGUCCAAUUCCAGGCCACAAGUGGAAGGAGGUCAGGCAUGAUAGAACUAUCACAUGGUUGGCUUUUUGGUAUGAUUCAAUCAAUCUCAAGGAAUUCAAGUAUGUAAUUUUGGAUGCUAGUAGUUCUCGAAAAGGUCAGAGUGACUUGGAGAAGUAUGAGAAGGCAAGAAUGCUCAAGGAUUACAUAGGUAAUAUUCGAGAUUCAUACACACAAAACUUCAAAUCACAAAAUAUGAUUGAAAGAAAAAUUGUUGUUGCCACUUAUCUUAUUGAUAGGCUUUCUCUAAGGACUGGCAAUCAGAAGGAUGAUGAUGAGGCUGAUAUAGUUGGUUGUUGUACAUUGAAAGUGAUAAAUGUGAAAUUACUUCCUCCAAAUAUCCUACAGCUUGACUUUCUAGGGAAAGAUUCUAUCCGAUACUUAAAUAAGGUUGAGGUUGAUGAACAGGUCUAUAUUGCUAUCGAUCAUUUUAUAAAAGGUAUUCAUGCUUUAGAUGGCAAUUUUUUGUUUGACGAGCUGGAUCCAAAUAUACUCAAUGCUCAUCUCAAGAAAAUAAUGCCCGACCUCACAACAAAAGUCUUCAGAACAUAUAAUGCCACCAUCACAUUCAAGAAAUUGCUUCAAGAGACAACUAGUAGUGGUGCACUAGAAAAGAUUGUUGGCUACCAACAAGCAAACAAACAAGUUGCAAUUCUCUGUAACCAUCAGUGCUCUGAGUCAAAGUCACACAAUGCUCAAAUGGACAAGAUAUUGGAAAAAGUGACAACAUUUGUGGAUCUUGUAAAGGAGCUUGAAAUAGAUUUGAUCAGUGCAAAAAAAGGGAAACUACCACUAAAUUAUGUAGAAGGGAAGCCAAAGAGAAACUUAAAUUUUAUCAGAAUUAAAAAAAAAACUGCACAAACCAAGGCUAAAAUUGUUAAAAUGAAGCUAAGAAUGAGAAGAAAGGAUGAUUUUAGGAUUCUAGCAUUGGAAACAUCUAAGAAAAAUUACUUGGACCCAAGAAUCACAGUUACCUGGUGCAAGCGUCAUGACGUUCACAUAAAAAAGAUAUUUAGUAAAUCAUUGUUGGCCAAAUUUGAAUGGGCAAUAGGCGUAGAGAAAGAGUACAAAUUUUGA